AUGUACUCCAUCACUGUGCACCCCAGCACCACACACUUAGCCCAAGGUGCAGGCCCAGCCCAGCCAGAUGCUGCAGCCCCGGGCACCCCCCAGGCCUGGCAGCAGCACGAGGGUCCACGGCGGGUGAAGAGGGCCUGGGUGAUCCCCCCCAUCAGCGUCUCAGAGAACCACAAGCGCAUUCCCCACCUCCUGGUGCAGAUCAAGUCAGACAAGCAGCAGCCCGGGGGGGUGAUCUACAGUAUCAAGGGGCCAGGGGUGGACGAGGAGCCCCUGGGCAUCUUCUCCAUCGACAAGUUCAGCGGGAAGGUCUUCCUCAAUGCCAUGCUGGACCGGGAGGAGAACGACCGUUACCGGCUGAGAGCCUUCGCACUGGACCUGGGUGGAGUGACACUGGAGGACCCCACUGACCUGGAGAUCAUCGUGGUGGACCAGAACGACAACCGGCCGCUCUUCCGGCAGGACGUGUUCACGGGGCACGUGGUGGAGGGGGCUGAGCCAGGGACCUGUGUGAUGAUGGUGGAUGCCACUGAUGCCGAUGACCCCGACACGGACAAUGCGGCACUGCGGUAUUCCAUCCUGGAGCAGGGCGCUGCCGGCAUGUUCAGCAUCAAUGCCACCACCGGGGAGAUCUGCACUGCACGGCCUGGCCUCGACCGUGAGACCAUGGGGGUGUACAACCUGACGGUGCAGGCAGCUGACAUGUCCGGGGAUGGGCUCACCACCACUGCCAUGGCCGUCAUCUACCUGGAGGACAUCAACGACAACCCUCCCGAGUUCACCAAGGAGGAGUUCUCCAUGGAGGUGGAGGAGCAGGCAGCCAGUGUGGACGUGGGGAAGGUGUUUGUGCACGACAAGGACCUGGUGGGCUCUCCCAGCUGGCUGGCCAAAUACACCAUCCUGGAGGGUGACCCCGAGGGUGCCUUCGCCAUCCGCACCGACCCCCACACCAACGACGGCGUGCUCUCCGUGGUCAAGCCACUGGACCACGAGGUGCGGGACCGCUUUGAGCUGACGGUGUCGGUGCAGAAUGAGCAGCCGCUGGAGCCCACGGCCCCCGCCAGCCCCCGGGCUCUGGCCACGGUGCGGGUGCGUGUGCGGGAUGUCAAUGAGGCGCCUGUCUUCCGUGAGAACCCACGGAGAAUCAGCGUGUUGGAGGGGACCCCCCCGGGCACCCCCAUCACCACCUACACUGCCAGCGACCCUGACACCCACCAGAUCCAGACCCUCACCUACGCGCUGCUCUACGACCCUGCGGACUGGCUGCAGCUGGAUCCCCACACCGGCACUGUCCGCACCAAGAGGGAGCUGCUGCACCCCUCGGCCUUCCUGCAGGGCGGCUGCGAGUGGGGGCCACGCUUUCGCCGCCUGGCCGACCUCUACGGGCACUAG